AUGAAUCAGCUACCCAACUAUCUUCCUUCGCCCUCCACGGAUCGCUGGGAGGAACUGAAACCGAUUAUCGAGCAGCUCUAUCUCAAAGAGAAAAAGAAGCUCGCUGAUGUCGUUCGGAUUUUAAAGAACGCCCAUGGAUUCGACGCAGUAGACCAUCAAUAUAAACACCAUUUCAAGAAGUGGCAAUGGAAGAAAAAUAUUCCCAAGUCGAAGAAGGACAAAAUUGCAGAGCAGCUAGAGAGCCGAGCUCGAGCGGGCAAAGCGGGUACCAGCAUUGCUCUCCAGGGGAGAACAGUCGAGCUACAUAAGAUCAGGAGGCAUAUGAAGAUGAAAGCACGUGCCGAAUCCGGAGCCAUGGUUCUAAAGAAGCCCUCUGGCAUUGAAAGCGUCGUUGCUGGACAUGUCGACAUUUCCGUUGCUACUCCUUCCGCUACUUCCCCGCAAAACGCACCUUCCCCGACCGGAUUGUUCCUAAAAGAGAAAGCGGCGAUCGAUCGUGCCCAUCUAUUUGCUCAAGGGCAACACGAUAAGCUGCUCAUGUCUAUGAACGGGGAAGAAAGACGAGUAAUGCUUGAGUGGUUGUAUCAGUACUGGUUCUUUUGCUUCAAGACUGCGAAGAAUUGGGGUAAAGGGCCACCAGCUUGGACGGAAAAGCUUCUGGACUUCGCUCGUUACCAUCCCCACUCUCGUCGCAGUCUUCCAGGAACUCCUCAAGAUCCAAUGCCACAAUCUGAAGCACAACCAGGAGACUACCCUACGCCAACAAGCUUUUGCCGAUGGUUCAUACAUGUGCGACCCGAUUGGCCAGAUUACCAAGAAAUUCCAGAUGAGGAAGUUUCUCGAGAUUCGACUGGCCAAGAUCCUGAUGACGAGUCCACUUGGCUUCCAUGGCCGAAUGAUUGGCAAGAACCGCCUCUUCCCAUUCGACUUCGAGACGCACUCGAACACAACGACUUCAGCUCUAUCUCUUCGACAAUUUUGCCCGUAGCCAUACCACAGAUUGCAAAAGCUGCUCAAAGAUCUCCUGAUGAGCUUCUUCUGGAGUCACUCGGCUUCAGUAUCAUGGCUCGAAAUCUGGCGCAGGUUGAAUCAAUCAUACAGCAGCUUCGGCGCAAAAAUAUUGACUUCACAUGGCUUUAUCCGCUUCACAUGACAACGAGCUACCUGGAUGGAUAUAAAACUUGCUGUGACAUCUUUGGAACACUCCUGUCAUGGGUGGGUUCGCAGAAGCUUAGUGAAAUGUUCGUGAAUGAGCUUGGCCACACCGUCUUAGACAAUCUGAUGAUAUCAAUUCUGAAAUCUCACUCUUCGGUAAUGCCGGUUGUUGUUGAUGACACCUUAAAAGAUACCGCACGUUUUGCCGGGGAAGAGAUCGAUAUUUGCGGUCGCUGGGACGCCGAUUCUCCUUGUGUUCGUCAUCUUCUCACAAAGGGUAACCCUUCGACACCAUUCUCUUGGAAACACAAGUUCUGCCACACUUCUAUCCAAACGAUAUGUCACUGCAUCAUUCAAAUGCAUCAUAAGACACCCAGCCGCCUGAUGCGGACUGCGAGUGGACUGUAUGGUCGACGCUGUUUUGACUGCGGCAUGAAACUACAAUUACAACCUCUCCAUAGCCUCGUCAUGACAGCGUAUCAUCUCGCAAGUAGUGGUUGUCAAGAUGAGGAUUUGUUUGGUAUGCUUGCGUGUCUUCUGUGCUUUAUCUCAUGUGGUCUCGAUCCUCGAAAGACCGCAAGCGUUUCAUUUGCCCUUUUCAUGCAGACUAUUCCCUCCGAGAUAGCGUGCGCCCAUGAGGAGCUCACUCCUGCCGAACUUGCGGAGAAGAUUUCCACCUAUUCUGUUUCUAAUUCUUGGAGCGCACAAGUUCAGUCAGGGUGGGCGGUGUUUUGUGGGGUUCUGCGUCUUUGUGAGGAUAUUCAUGUGGAGCCGGAACGCGAUGGGGACGACGUAACCAUGGAGGAUUAUCAAGACUCUAGUCGCCAUAUCAUUGGAAACCACGACCUAGGCAAUGAGCUUUUACAUCUGCACCUUAGAAGUCAUAACUUAGUGCCCUGUUUCCGUACACGGAAAGAUCUUGCCACACUCUGGGCCUCCGUGCAAGCAGAGCUGCUGACAUACCGCCGUCUGGAUGAUAGUAUGGACUGGAUUUCUCAAUAUUUCUCUAUGGAUGAGCUCCGACACCAGCUCGAUCAGGGCGAGCCUCUAUCAGUCAAAUAUGCUGAGCAAGACCUGUUGCAACCACACUGUAUCUGCGGCAGCUUUAAUUGCUACCCCCUGGCAACUUUAUCUGAUGCCACCGAACCGGACAUUGCAAACCUUGAUAUAUGGGAGAGGGCAACCUAUGGAGUUAUUCUGGAUGAUUAA